AUGGAACAGGCUGUCAACGGCCUCGUUGUGAAUGGCACAUCCUCGCACCUCCCUCCACCCUUCCAAAACGGCGACCUCGCACCGCAUGAACCUUCCCCGGAAGAACUCGAGAAGGAGCUCCCAGUCGUGACGGAUGGCCAGAUUCCCCUCGGAGAACUCACAUCCAGACUGGUGCAGGCGAUGUAUGCUGAGCUGACAGAGUUCGCCGAAACCAUGCCCACUAUGUCCGACGCCGCGCGCAAACGCUCCCUGGCCGACUGGGUAGUCAAGUUCAAACGACAAGUUGUGAAACUCUAUGCUAUUGCGAAAUGGUCUCGCGACGCGAGCGUGGUCCAGAAGGCCAUGGUGCACAUCUUUGCUGCUGCGUGGCUUGGUACCCCCAACAUCACGGCGUUUCUUAUGGACCAAAACGGCCAGUUUGAGGAAGCAAUCAUGGGCCUGAAAUAUGGCAAGGAGAGCUUGGACCCUGCACGAUUACGAAAUCACGACCUAUUGACGUCUCUGGACGUCCUCACCACUGGCACCUACCGUCGACUACCAUCAUGUAUCAAGGAGCUUAUUAUUCCCCCUGUACCAUUAACUGACGAAGAAGUGGCGAAGACCUUGGCGGAUAUCGAGGAUGCUAUGCGAUAUCGACUUCGGACAUCCGAGAUUGUUCCAUGGGAGUUGUCCCAAUAUCGAAUAGCGGAGGGACGUGUCUGGUUCACCGCUCCAAAACUGUUCGAGGCGUCCCUCUGCUUGCAGGGAGCGGGCAAGACCGACGGGUGGUUUUUCGUCAACGUUACGUUCCUUUUUAAGUCCGCAGACUUUCCCCGCACGCCGACGGGGGUCUUGAAGCGCAAUAUCACCGAUGAGGCAGACGCCCGAUUAGCGUUCUAUUUACCCCCCGACGCGCCGCCUCCUCCUGGGGUGGAGGCUCCAACACGACCGGAAUUGCCAGAAGGGGUGGUGGAUGCACCCCUUGUGCGCGUGUUCAACUUCCUGCAAAUGAUGUCUCUCUCUUACCAGCUUGAGAUCUUGUGGUAUCAGGCUGAGCACAUGCGCUCUCUCGGCUGGGCAGACUACCUGAAGGUAGAAAUGACCAACAGUCGGCAGAAGAUGGUCGUCUCGUACUGGCUAUGGAAGCCGCUUCCCGGCCAGCAGGCCUCCUCACAAGCACGAAAUCGAACGCCGCAAUUAGGCGGCAAAUUGAGUAUAUCCAUCAUACGAGUCAAGGAGAAGACGGGGCGGCAGGCGAUGCGCUCACCAAAAGCGCGUGUGUUGGCGGAGCUGCAGGAGCGCUCGAAGCUGGAGCGCGCACGUCCCUCGGACGAGGUUGAGCACCUGCGAUUCGACGUACAGUGGGAGCCCGCGCAAGGCACGCUCGGUGUGAACAUUGGCCCAGAGGACGCGUACAUUCCUCCAGAACAACUAGCAAUCGUGCGUUUUUCCCAUUUGCGCUUCGACAUUAGGGCUGAGCUGUGGCCGCAGGACCCUAAUGAUCUUGACUUCGAGAGCCUGCUCCGCAGAGUCAUCCGACGACAUACGGAGGGCAUCAUGAAGCACUUCCAACGGGAAUUGAUGGAAAACGUUCACACACGCAACGUCUUCUCUGCCCCCGGCGAAGUCACCUUCGUCACCAACGAGGGGGCGCCCUCUUUGCGCGUGCACCUGUGCGCAGACGAGGUGGUCAUCGUGACGGUCGACCCCAGAACGGGACGUCUUACUCUUUGCGACACCGGUGAUCUCGCAGCGGCGGGCCGUGGACCUCGCUUUGCUGCGAUAUCGGACAGGCUCAACGACUCGCCACAGAGAUUGCCCGAAGCCUUGAUUCGGCUGCGCCUCAGCACUAUCACGGACCUCGCAGAGCAGAAGGUGCAGUACGUCGGUCUGCAGAGCUUCCGGGAACGCAAUUUCCUGCCCGAGGAAAUCGCGAAGCUGGGCCCCGACGCGCGAGGGAAGCUGUACAUCCAGCUCGCGAACUUCACCAGCCACUACCUCGUCCUGGUCAUCACGGACAACGACUACCGCUAUGCACUGAUCAACGUCAAGGUCCAACGCGACACGAUGUACAACAACCUGAUUAUGGAGGAUAUCGGAUGGCUCGACAUUCACCGCUUGCAUACCGGCGACAUGGUGGUGGAGCCUGGACACGGGCCGGAACCUGUUGUGGGGCAGAAGCGGAAACGGGAUGACCGAGCCGACGCUGUCCCCACCGCACCUGCGGAGCAGAACCCUACCAGCUUCCGAUUGGAGACCAAGGUAUUGCGAGAGCUCUACGCGUACUGCUGCGCACGUGUGGCGUACACCAAGGUCGAGCAGCAGUUCAAGCUGCGGCAGAUUCCAUAUACACACGUCAACUCGACCGCAAGCAUCGGUGCUCUCGACGCCGCGCACAUCCAGUCAUCACUCGCGCGCUCCAUUCCCGCGCUCUGUGUGCUCUCUCGCGACAUCCUAUCGGGCGCGCCCGCUGAGGAGGCGGCGAUGCCGAAUAUCCGCGUCAUCCCGCUCAACUGGUGGUCAAACGACCAGGCGAAGGUGGUCACCUGCGUGAAGCUCAAGUACGUGCAGCAGCCGAUCGGGAAGCGUGCAAGCGGGACGUCGGUCAUCCGUCCCUCGAAGCGGAUUGUGUACGACACGCGCGAGGCGAUCGUGUCCUUCUUGUCGGACGACGUGGAUAAGUGCGUCGACGAGUUCCUCGAGGAGUGGGCACGCGUGUCAAAGAUGGUCGUCAUCGCCCGCGAAGUUGCCCAAAUGUCGACGAAGCAUCUAUGGACAGACGUCCGGCUGCUCUCGUUCGACCUACAGACUGUCGAGUUCGCAUACGCGGCAGACUACACGCUCUCGCUCACCUGCACGGACCAGCUCAGCUCCACCGGCGGGUCGUACCACCUCCGCUUUGGGCGCGUCGAGCGCGACGACGACAUGGAGGUCGACGGCGAGUCGCUCCCGGCGACGCACAACCCGCAUGAGGACGUCGAGCCGUACAUGCGUAACUUGCUGCGGCACGGCCCGCUCACAAGCACGUUGCAUCGGCUGGUCAGUCUCUUGCGCGAGACGCUCCCGAUUGUCGCGGAGCUCGAGGAGAUCCGCGCAGCGGCGGCGCGUAGCGGGGCAGUUGUGGACACGUUCGCGAAGUCCGCGGGGUGGUUCCGGAUCCUGUAUGGAGACCUCAGGUUGGGCGUUUGGUGCAGGCACGCACUGGACUUCAGGUUAAUGGCGGGCGCGCGGGUCGUCAUCCUCGAUGGCUCGCACUCGCUGUUCGACGACAGCGCCGACGGACACACGCUCCGCCGCCUCUCCGGCCCCUCCAAGGCGUUCGCGUCGCGCGACCGGGAACCAACUGCCGCGCUACAGCCAAUUCCAAACUUCCGCGGGCUGGUGCAGGACGCGAUCAAGGGCGCGGUCGCACGAGGCGUGGCGGGGCAGUUUGCACCGAUCGACAUUGGGGUGAUAUGCGAUGUGUCUGCGGUGCGGGUCGUGGGGCGGUUGUUGUACGAGCGGGUGCUGGAGAAGCUGGCCGCACAGGCGAGGCCCCAGCCAUAG